AUGUCCAUGUUGUCGUGCCGUGUGUUGUGUUUGUUGGCCAUUGUGCUCUGCUGUGUGGGUGUGGCUCAUGCUGCUGUUCCACCAGGUGCUUUACAAUAUGUUAAGGAAGCACAAGAGAAGGCCAAGGAGACUUUAAAGCUGAAGGCGGAGUGUGAGAACGCGGCCAACGCUGCUCGAGAGGCCGCGGAUAAAGCUCAACAAUUUGUUGUUGCCACUGAGAGUGGAGUCGAAACAAUUGCUGCUGACCCAGACAAGGUGGAGAAAAGGAAGAGUGAAGGCCAUGAACUCAUUGAUAAGGCAAUGAAGGCUGCAGCUGAGGCACGAAAAGUGGCCAAUAGAACGACAGACAGUAAAAUUGAAACUGAAAAUAAAGCCAGCCUUGCUCGUCUAAGCGCAGGAGAAACUGAUCCAGAACCAGAAGAAAUUGUAGAGGUAGAGAAAGCAGCUGAACAUGCAGAAAGCGCGGUACGUGCUGCUGGACAAAGUGCUGACGAUGCGGAAGGUGCUGCUAAACGUGUGGAGGAUGUCCUGAAGAAACUUGACGCCGCAGUUGUUGCUGCAGCUGAAAAGAAAGAAAAACAGGUGGAGUCUCAGCAGCAAACACAAGAGAAACAAAAAGAGAAACAAAAACAGCAUUACCGUUCUACUGUUACUAUUAAUAUCCACGGAGAUAAUCUCGAUGCCUUACUCAAUGGUGCAGCGAAUAACAGUGGUAUGGCAUUAAAUGACGGCAGCAGCAGCCCUGCGUUACUGCGUGUUCCAUUCCUGCUGCUGCUGCUUCUCUCUGUGCUGGGCUGCAUGACCGUGUGCUGA